AAGCUCAAAUGGACAUCUUCCCUACCUGCGUGCGGGAUGCAAACCUCGCCCAGAGACGACGGAUGGAAGUGGCAGAACUUUGUUCCACCACUACCUACGUAUUAGCCGGCUGCUGUUCAUACUCAGUUGCACAUGGAGAGAACCAGCCCAGAAGGGAGUUUUGGCCAGGAUGCUUCGGAUCCAGCUGGUCGGUUCCAGUGUUUGGAAUGUCGGCAAACUUUUGGGAGGGCGGAGCAUCUUACUCGACAUUCGCGAAGUCAUACGAAGGAGAGAUAUCUCAAGUGCAGUGUUUGUAGGAAAGGUUUCUACCGCACAGAUGCUUUGAGGCGGCACGAACUUACUCAUAAAGAGCCAAGACGAAGCGCUCUUGCGAGGGGCGGCCGUGCUUGUAUAACAUGUGCUGCUGCUAGAAGAAAAUGCAGUGGCGAGACUCCAUGUUCUGGCUGCCAGAAACGGGCGCUUGAAUGCAGAUAUCCGGACAGGGCGAAGAGAGCCACUUCGGAUCAUUCUUCACCCACAAAUGGUGACAUUAGACCACCUGAUACGACGACUGCAACACGAUUACAGACCACGGAGCACCCAAUGGCAAACUCAGACUCGCCUAUGUCCUGGUCUCAUACUUCAGACUCUCCCCAGAUGAGCGGUCAUGAGCAUGUUCAGGAUCAAUCUACCAUGGAUAAUCAGAUUCGAAGCUCCCCAACGUUCACUACCACUUCGUACGACAAUCCAUUCGCCAACCAAGGCCCUACACAAUCCGAGGUAAAUAGAAGCCAAGAUCCAGUGGCUAUACAAUCUCUCCUUCAGGAGACACAACAAGCUCAAUCAUUAGCGUCCCAAGGGAACAUGAAUAUUGAUUCAGUCAACACCUCGACACCUUGGUUUCAGAACAACUUUUCUUCCAUCAACUGGCUUCCAGAAAAUUGGACGCCAGAUUUUCGGAUAGAGGAGAACCAACCAGGGAGCUUUCAUCAAGAUACUCUGACGUUCGGCCCCAAUGUUCCUCCUUCCCCGGGUAUGUCGAGGUUUGCAGUUGCUCCUGAACACAUUGAUGUGGGGCCGCCAGCCUCAAUACGCCGCAAGGAUUAUGUGGGUGCGCAAGAGCUUUCAAGUCCAGGCUCACAAAGCACGCACAGUGGUGGUCAUUUUUAUAUCGAUGGAGACGGUGCACGGCUUCCUCGUGUCAGGAAAGCACCUUAUCGACACUCGGACUCAUAUAGCCAUAACUUUCUUCACGAUCACCAGAAUCUGUAUCCGACGUUUACUUUUCCAGAAACAGAUGAUUACCACCAAGACGGUACGGGCACCUCGACUGUCAACACCAUACCGCCGAAUGUGUACAGCGAGAUUUGUAGGAUAUUCAACCUCACCUGCAUAUCAUCCAAUCAUUAUCCAAAUUUCCAAGGAGGGUCCUCUUUCCCAUCCCCCCAAACGCUCAGCAGAUUUGUUCAUCACUAUACUCAGAAUUUCCUAUCUAUUCUACCAUUCACACACUCAUCAACAUUCGAUCUUUCAACAGCUCAUUGGCUGCUCAUCUUAGCUAUGGCAACGAUCGGUAGUCAUUACAGUGAAAAUCCAGGCGCUGAGAUAGUCACCGUCGCUUUGCACGAAUUCUUGAGGCGAGCAAUCUUGACAGUGGUUGAGAUAGGAGGUAAUUCAAAGCCGGAGUUGCUGGUAUUGACGCAGAUAAAGCUAUUGAGUUGCGUUGGAAUGAUUUAUAGUGGAAACGAGCGUCUGAAGGCUUUAGCGAGAGGCACCCAAAGUGACCUCAUAUCAUUUUGUGAAAGGGAUUGGAAGCGAUUAUCUGAAUGCCCUCAGCUUUCAUCAGAAAAUCAAGAUCAGAUUGGUCAAGACUGGAAGGUAUGGUGCCAAGCAGAGAGCAGUAGGCGGACGGGAUACUGCAUUUGGCUUUUGGACUGCAUGUGGACCUUCCAUUUUCAAAGCCGCUCUCUCUUGUCACUCGAGGACGCCAAGAUACCCAUACCCUGCCAAGAAGUUCUCUGGGAAGCAAACUCGGCUCUAGACUGGCAGCAACUCUAUUCUUGUGCGACUCCGAGUCCCUCUCUUCACUCGGCUAUUCAGCUUGCGUAUAUAGAAAAAAGGAUACAAUCAUCUACAGGAGAAUUCAGUCGCAUUCUCUGCAUCCAUGCCCUUUUCAGACGAACCUGGGAAGUGGAAAGUUAUUUCAAGCAGCCUCUCACUCAAUGGACCCCAACAGCCGAGAAGCAAAAUAUCAGCACCCUCGAGCGCUCUAUACCAGUAUGGUUACCAGGAAUCUCAACCUAUGCAAAGUGGCGCAAUUCAGCUUGCGACUGUCUUGACAUCCUCCACUGGCACGCAAACAGCGUGAUUGGAGCCGCCUCAGGGAUGGAACAUCCCACCGUUCUUCAUCUUCACCUUGCCCGUGUUAUUCUUUUGACUCCAUACCGCCAAAUUCUCCAGCUCGCACAGCUCAUGACAUCCGAGCUCCAGCCCAGCGACGAACUUGAUAUCACGAGCUUACGAAAAUAUAUACAGCGCUGGGCUCUGGAAGAUCAACAUAAAGCCCGUCUUGCCAUGAUACACGCAGGUGUUCUCUUCUGGCACGUUCGACGGUACUCUACCGACGCCUUCUACGAGCCUUCUUCCGUCCUCUUAGCCACGCUCGUGCUGUGGGCCUACGGAUCUUUCGCCCUGCCGACUUCGGGCGUCAGUGCUCAGAGGGAAGGAGAGUCUCCACAGGCAGAUGACGAUGAUGCCGAAUCUCUGUUUCCAACUUCGAUGCAACUUGAUCGUCCAGCGGAUGAUGAGCUAGUGCAGCUUUUCGUGAAGAGAGGCGCGGGUAUGAAGGCUAAUAUUACUGGUGUGGGCAAUCUCUGCUCUGUGAAGGGUCCUGUAAGGGUUUUGGUAGAGGGGAGAAAUCUGCUGGCGGGGCUUAAGACUUGGGGGUAUAGUCGGCAGGCUAUUAGGACACUGAGUGCGCUUAUCGAGGUACUGAGACCAGACGGGGCUACUUGAUUUGAGACAAUGACCAAAAGCUCGGAAUAUAAAGUUGACCUCAGCCUCGCAUGAAAAUUUCAACUCAUUUGAGUGAUUCAAGUGAGGUAAGAAGGCACUGGGGGCAGC